AUGACUACACUGAAGAGUGAAUGGAUUUUAGCACCAGCACUACAAUCACCACCGCCACCUGCACCACCAGCACCACCAGCACCUCUACCUCCACCACGACCGCCACCGCCAUCAAUCCCACCAGUACGACAACCACCUCAACCGCCAUCAGCAGAUACACUAACACCACCAGUGCUACCAGCACCUCAACCUCCACAACAAGUAUCACCAGUGUCCCAAUCGCCAACAGCACCGCCACCAGCACCGCCACCAGCACCGUUACCAGCACCCUUACCAAAGCCACUGUCUGAAGACGAUGAGCUGUCGGAUGCAGAUGAAGACGAUGUGUCUGAUAAUAAACAAGAUCGCAAAAGGCGUAAAAAGAAAGGAGAUGAAGACAAGGACAACGGAAAGCAAAUGAUGUUUAUUGUUGCCAUUGUUGCGAUUGUAGCGUUGACGCUAAUUACUGUGAUGCACUUCUAUUUCAAGUAUCGGACGGCUGUAGCUAUAGGAGCUUUACAAUUGUCAAGGAAGCCAUCAAGAACUGCAAAAGGACGUGGACGACGAAAAACUAGAUUUAAAACGAAAACAUCUGAAAGCUCUCAGGCAAGUCGGAUUCACACCAAGGAAAGGUGA